UCAUGCUAUACUGUCAGGGGCGGUAAAUACGAAAAAAUGGCGGAAAAUGUUUACAAACACAGCAAGCACUUGUUUACAAAAGAAAAUGAACCAAUUGUAUUUUUCUUGAGACCUUGCACAGAUAAAUCUAAAAUCAAUCCAUUAGUUGAGUAUGGUGGUGGGAAGGUCCUUUCUAAAUUUGUGACUGGAGCUAUCAAAUUGGCUCAGGAUGGGGAUUAUGUUUCCUCUGGAGAUUACAUUUCAACCAAAUAUGUAUUGGAUUGUGUAAAAAAUAAUCAUCUUAUGGAUACAGAGAAAUACAAAAUGAAAAGACAAGGAAGUAAAAAGUUCAGUGUUGACAAUGCUGAAGAGUUGAGUAAUGUUAGUGAUGAUCUGAGUCCCUCCAGUUCUGUUUAUAUUGAAGCCAAAGAUAUCAAAGGAAGAACUAAGUACACAGACGAAGAAGAUGUGGCAAUGUUGAGUUACAUUGUAACAGAGCAUCGUCAGAAUGCUAUACAUGGAAAUCAACUGUACAAAGACAUGCAAGUCUUAAAGAUUACAAAGCAUUCAGCCCCUUCAAUGAACAGUAGGAUGAGAAAAUGCAUAUUACCAAACAUCAGCAAAUACAAUAUCCCAAAGAAAUGGAAAAAAAUAUUUUCAGAAAAAGUUUCACCUAAAAAAGAUAACACAUUAACAUUAGAGCAGACUAUAAAAAUAAAGGAAAACAUAACAAAUGGGAAACCCAAAAGAAAACCAACAAGUGAUUUAUCUGACGAGAUUGAUUCCUUCAUCUCAGAAGAUGAUUUUGAUCAACAAUUGAAAAGUAUCAGCAAAGGCAAUGUAAAUUCAACACCAAGCAAAGCACUACAUGUGGAUAUAUCAAAGUCAAUUGUUACAUCAGACAAUCAACACGUAGUUACUGAUACACCACAUUGUAAUCUAAACAACACAAAGGAGGCUCUUUCAGAUGGAGGUUCUGAUGAGGAAUUAGAUGCUAGUUUAAUGAGAUAUCAAAACAAUGAAGAGGAAAGAAUGUCAACAAAUAAGAAUAGAAAGUCAAGAAAAAGAUUACGAAAGAAAACUGAUGACACACCAAAUAAAAAGAUGAGGUAAAGAUAAAUGAAGCUACUGAUGAUAUACAGAACAAAUUAAAGAUAUUUGGCGAGACAUAUGGCUUGUUACAAGAAGAAGUAUUAUAUCUACUACAACAGCAUGAUGGUUGUGUACAGGAAACCAUUCAAUUCAUAGAAUCGGGAAAAAGUAAACUAACUUGGGAAUUGGAUGAUGAUAAACAUGUAGAAAAUAACAGUAGUAUGGACAAACUGACAUCAAAAUAUGGCGAAUCAAGAGUCAGAUUAAGGGCAGCUUUUCUCGAGGGUCUUUAAUGUUCCUGGUGAGGAGUAGCAAAGAGACAGAUUUUAAUGAAUUCAGAGGGUCUUUAAUGUUCCUGGUGAGGAGCAGCAAAGAGACAGAUUUUAAUGAAUUCAGAGGGUCUUUAAUGUUCCUGGUGAGGAGCAUCGAAGAGACAGAUUUUAAUGAAUUCAGAGGGUCUUUAAUGUUCCUGGUGAGGAGCAGCAAAGAGACAGAUUUUAAUGAAUUCAGAGGAUCUUUAAUGUUCCUGGUGAGGAGCAGCAAAGAGACAGAUUUUAAUGAAUUCAGAGGGUCUUUAAUGUUCCUGGUGAGGAGCAGCAAAGAGACAGAUUUUAAUGAAUUCAGAGGGUCUUUAAUGUUCCUGGUGAGGAGCAGCAAAGAGACAGAUUUUAAUAAAUUCAGAGGGUCUUUAAUGUUCCUGUUAUCUUAUUGAAUCCAGAACCCUAUCUGUUAUAUAAUUUCUACACAGAUUUUUAAAUUUAAAUUAUUUCAUAAUCACUGU